AUGGAGGGCAAAGGGCUGGUGGCCGAGCUGCAGAGAGCGGCCAUCUGCCCCGCCUGCAGGGGUCACUUCAAGGACCCGGUGAUCCUGGACUGCGACCACAGCUACUGCCGGGCCUGCAUCACCCGCCACUGGGAGGCGGCGGCGGCGGCGGCCGCGGGGAAGGGCCCCCAGGCGCUGUCCUGCCCCCAGUGCAAGGCGGUCUUUGAAAGGAAGAACCUCCGGACCAACGUCAAGCUGGCCGUGGAGGUCAAGAUCACCCAGCACCUCAAUGCCAAGACGGCCCAGGUGCCCCUUGUGCCCAAGUCCCGGAGGCGCCGCGGCGGGUGGAAGCCCGUGGUCAGCAUCCAGGAGAAGAAGGAAAGCGUCAGAGAGGUCUGCAGAUGCUGCAGAGACACAACACAAUCCCCCCUUCCCCUUGAGAAUGAUGACUGGAAAGAAGCAAGGCCAGAGUAAAUGAUCAUACAGAGACAACAGGAACAGAUGAGGCUACCCUACACCAGCUAAUGCAGUACAAUCGUUCCCCAGCCACCCGUUUUCACCGAACAUGCUGGAAUUUCACCUGGCAGCCCCUCCAAGGGGCAAUUCCAGCUUGGCCGCACCUGGGAAGCAUCAGCCAAAUGACUCCACCAAGGUUUCUCCUGCUCAAGUUGCAGCAUGGAAGCAGCUGGAUUUUGGGGAGAAGUGGAGUGGAGAAGUUUGAGGUUGUGGCCAGGCCUGAGGCUUUGGCUAGUGAGACCGACAACAGUGCAGAAGAAUCCCAUCCUGCAGAGUUUAACUAAAACUAAACCAGAAAUCCAUGCUAUCAUGUCUUGAUUGGAAAGAGCAUGUACACUGCUCUUGCUGAGCAGAACACUGACAUUUCUUCAUACCUUCUGCGAAAGAACCCUGACCUUGGAAUUGGAUGUCACUCGCCCCUGGUUCUGAUUAAGCCCCACCCAGAGUGGAACAGACUGUAGUCAGAUCAAAUCAAGAAAAGACUGGUUUUGCUUCAGGCCACACCUUCAGAUCCACUGCUUGGCAUGCUGGAAAGAUGUUACCUCAGCUGCUGGAUCUGGAAGAGAAACGGCUGAUUUUCUGUACCAUCACAUUAUUGCAUCCUGAUUAUAAUGGAUCUUUCAUAUGCUGGGUGUGUGGAUGCAGUUUAUCCAGUAGCAUCAUCUUCUGCUGGAAGUGCAAUCCCAUUGGUCCUGCUCAGGAUCCAGGGAGGUGGCAAUGGCCCCUGUGAGAUGUGACUCUUGCCUGCUCAUCCGUGUGAUGAUGCCUUUUAUCCAUCUCUGGGUUCUUCCCUCUGACACUUGGCCAGAUGAAACUACACACCCUUUAAACCAGCACCAUAUCGCUUCUAUGUUCUUUAUAAGCAAGGGUGGAAAGACAGUGAGUGAGUUAGCAUCUGCUGGUAGUUUGCAACUGAUCUCCAAGAGGUUCUGAUUUCCAUUGGCUGAGCAACAGCAGCAACAAGUCUCUUAGAGAAACCAGAGAUGUACCAGCAGAAGGAUACAUGGGCAAGCUUCAGCUCUGGUACUGAAAACUGAUUCCUGGCCUGAGCUCGUGCUCAGAAGCACACCGAGUGCAUUUUUCAGUGGUCGGGAGGCAGCAAUUUAAAUCAAAUAAGGAACAGCGAUGAUCAUGCUGCAAUUCUUGAGUCACUGCAUUGCAUCUGGAUCCAGCUGGUGGUUAUAGGAAAAAGCAGCACCAGUCAUACAAGCCUCAAGUCGUCGUCUGCUGCUGCUGUUGAAUCGCAAAGUCACGCCCGACCCAUUGCGACCCCACAGACAACAUUCCCCCAGGCUCUCCUGCCCUCCAUCCCGCAGCGUCCACCCAAGCCCACACCCACUGCCCCAGUGGCUCCAUCCAGCCACCUCAUCCUCUGCCACCCCCUUCUCCUUUUGCUGUCAAUCCUUCCCAGCCUAAAGCCUACUCACUGUUAUCUUACUGUAUCUAAUCUAUUGCUGAUGCUGUUUUAAAUGUUAGAUGGCAGCCGGAAUAGCCCACUGUCUUAAUGCUGGCUGUACAAUACUGAAAUGCACAGCAUCACUACUUCUAUAACAAUUGGUAAGCUGUGCUAUUUGAUCCCUGAUCUGGCUAAUUUAGACUGUGGUCCUAUGCAGUCUGGCAGAAAAAAAAUCCUUUGCAUGCCCUGAGCAGUAUGGAACUGUACCUUUAGGAACUUUGGGUUAAGAAGGUGGCUAAGAUCACAAAGAAAUGGAGAACCAGAAUCUACACCCGAGCCAGGUCUUGCUUUGAGGGUAGUGAUAGAGCCAAUGCAAAGUUACUGACUCUGGCUCUCCCAUCUAUGUAAACUUUAACCCUGGAAAUAAAUGGAACUUUUUUCCCCCUUUCUCAAUGCCCCACUUCCCUUCCUACAAUAUAAUGUACAGUUUGCUGGCAUGCAUGCAAAAGCAAGAAAUGAAAUCACAACCUAGUUAACACUGUUUUGUUUUUGUUAUGUAAUAAUUUUAAUUUGUGUGGGUGUAGAUGUAAGUCCUUCAGUAGAAUGAAGCUUUGAUUGUAAACCAUGGGUAAAUAAACAGCAUAACUAUAAAUGAA